GAGUGAUUGAUGUGGUCUCCAGCAUGCCUGUGUUCUACACGCCGAUCCCUCAGAACCUGAGAAUGGGUCUGGCUAACAUCAGCGGCUCAGUGUUUAUAAAUAACAGAACGCGAGACAGCAGACACUUCAGGGACCCUUAUCAGGAUCAUGAAGUGUGUGCUGAGGUCUCGUCUCAUCUCCCGCUACAGAUGCUGCUCUACUUCAACAUCUUCUUCCCCUUCUGGUGGAUCUCUAAGGUGCUGAUGCUGCAUUUAAAGUUCUGUUAUCUGCCAGCGUAUUACCAGUGUCUGCUGGUGACGGGGAUGGUCCUGAUCAGCAUAUUCGAGGUGUUGCGAGCAGUUGUGUAUAAAGGUUACGUUGGGAAUCUCAAAGAGAAGGUUCCAGAGUUGGCUGGAUUUUGGCUGAUCUCGUUCCUCUUCUUCAUCACUGACGAAGUCACCAUCAUCCUUCCUCUGGAGCGGGCCAUUCACUCUCUCUAUCUGGGCUUCCUGCUGGGCGAGCUGCCGGCCUCAUUUCUGGCCCUGCAUGUCAUGACUCGCAAACUCGCCCAGCAGUUUCACAUGAGGCAGUUCGGCCCCGUUCAGGGUCUCCAUACAGCAUGA